UUGCCCUCACUCUGCCUGAUAAACAGCUGCUUACCAUUUAGAGCACUUCACAAAGUUUUCUCCUUUUUUUCCCCCCCCUCUCUCCCUUCUCUCACUGCCCCAAACUCCUCAGAUUUAAGGAUCUUUUGUGUUGUGUCCACCUCUCCUCUCCUGCAGCAGCAGCAGCAGCAGCAGUGGUGCGUCUCCAUGUGGAGCUUCACAUACAGAGAGAAAGUCUGCGCCGCUGGAAGCUCAAGUCUGGACUCUGGCUUUGCGUAAUGCUGAGGCGUCCUCUGCUCAACAUCUGGAUUAACUAUUUGGAGUCAGAGCUAACGGGCCGACUCAAGACUCCGGCUGUUUCCUCUCUCUUCAUGGAAAGACUCAGUUUUACUGUGGGAUUUUAACGCCUUUUGACAACCCUCCGAGUUUUGCGCAUAGAUUAUGUAUUCUUUAAAAUGGGUGCGAACAAUGGAAAACUGUAUGGAAGCGAGGGUAAAGGGAGCUCAAGCAUCUCCUCUGACAUAAGUUCGAGCACAGAUCACACACCAACUAAAGCUCCAAAGAAUGUGGCUACCACUGAAGGUCUGGACUCCAGUACCAGGACUUUGAGCACCCCCAGUCCUGGUCUCAUCCUGCCCUCCAAGUCCUCCUCUCUCUCCUCACCUGCUCUCUCCAGCAACGGCCAUGAGACCAACUCCUCGUCAUCGUCCUCUGCUCCCGCCGAGACCGUCGCCGUGGUCCACUCUCAGCCGGGCACCCACACUCGCUCCCGCCAGUCAAAAACCCACCACCACGCCCCCAUCGACCUCCUCCCCGACCACGCCCUUCUGCAGAUCUUCUCCCACCUCCCCACCAAUCAGCUGUGCCGCUGCGCACGCGUGUGCCGCCGCUGGUACAACCUCGCGUGGGACCCGAGGCUGUGGAGCACGGUGCGGCUGACGGGGGAGCUGCUGCACGUCGACCGCGCCAUCAGAGUCCUGACCCACCGACUGUGCCAGGACACGCCCAACGUGUGCCUGACCCUGGAGACGGUGAUAGCCAACGGCUGCAAGAGGCUCACGGACCGCGGCCUGCAUGUGGUGGCGCAGUGCUGCCCCGAACUACGCCGCCUGGAGGUCGCUGGCUGUUAUAACAUCUCGAAUGAGGCCGUGUUUGAGGUGGUAUCCUGCUGCCCCAGCCUGGAACACCUGAACCUCUCAGGCUGCUCCAAGGUGACAUGCAUCAGUCUUACCCAGGAGGCCUCGCUCCAGCUCUCCCCUCUUCAUGGCCAGCAGAUAUCCAUUCACUACCUGGACAUGACCGACUGCUUUUCCCUCGAAGAUGAGGGAUUGCGAACUAUCGCCUCCCACUGCCCGCGCCUGACACAUCUGUAUUUGCGCCGCUGCACCAGACUGACAGAUGAGGCCUUGCGCCACCUGGCUCUCCACUGCCCGUCGAUAAGAGAGCUUAGUCUCAGCGACUGCCGUUUGGUGGGGGACUUCGGCCUGCGUGAAGUCGCCCGACUGGAAGGCUGCCUGCGUUACCUGAGCGUCGCUCACUGCACCCGCAUUACAGAUGUGGGCAUACGCUACGUGGCUCGCUACUGUCCGAGACUGCGCUACUUGAACGCAAGGGGUUGUGAGGGGCUGACAGACCACGGCCUUGGCCACCUGGCCAGGAGCUGCCCCAAACUCAAGUCUCUGGAUGUGGGCAAAUGCCCGCUGGUGUCGGACAGUGGGCUGGAGCAGCUGGCAAUGUACUGCCAAGGCCUGAGGCGAGUCAGCCUCCGAGCCUGUGAGAGUGUCACUGGCAGAGGACUCAAAGCUCUGGCGGCCAACUGCUGCGAGCUGCAGCUGCUCAACGUGCAGGACUGCGAAGUGUCACCAGAGGCUCUGCGGUUUGUCAGACGCCACUGCCGACGCUGUGUCAUCGAACACACGAACCCCGCUUUCUACUGAGAAGGGCCGUUCUUGGACUGGUCCUCUGACAAGUGGAUGUUCCCUUAUUCCUGCGAAGGUGUUGGCAGAGUGGAGCGGCUGAUGUAUCAUAAGUGGUGGUGCAAUACUGGCCAGAGUUUGUCUUUUUUUUUUUUUCUGUUUUGUGUCUUCAUCCGCUUUGUGGCUGUUAAUUCUGUCCUUUGAAAAAUACUUCAGUAGAAUGUAUUUAACAUAUUUAUCUGUAAAAAGGCAAGAGAAUUCAGUAUUUCAGACUAUUCCUUUCCCCACCCCCUCCAUCACAAUCUGCAGUAUAACAACAAGCUACAACACUGAGCACUGGGUACAGAUGUGUUACCAUCCUGAUAUACUGUAUUUGUAAGCGCAUCAUCACCUUAAAGGUCCAGUGUGUAAAAUUUAGGAGGGUUUAUUCACAAAAAUUAAAUACACUUCCCAUAAUUGAGUUUGUAUAAAGGUGUAGGGAUUGUUUACCCUUAGAUUAAGCUUUGUUAUGUACUUAAGGCUACGGCUUUGCUUCACAGAGGUCACAGAGUAUUUUUAGUUGGAAUAUGAAGAAGAACAUUGUUUCGGGUAAUUGAAGAACACCAAAAAUGACAUGAUGCCCUUGGGAGAUGGAUAGAGUGGCGUAGUUCUCCCUUAAUUGCAAUCUGCAGUCUCACCAGUAGAUGUCACUAAGUCUUACACACUGAACCAGUAAGGCGUGGGGUCAUAAUAAUAAUCACAUGUUACUACAUCUAUUUAUAUACAGCAAGUAUCUUCAGACGAAACCACUAAAAAUGUAGCUACAGAGCAGCUCUGGUGAUUUCAUACAUACUCAGUUCCACUUUCUUUGUGUUGUGUGUGUGCAUAUGCACUUUACGCAGCUGUACCGACAAUCACUUUAACUGAGCUCAAAGUGUCAUAAUUUCAGAUUUUGUCAAUGAUAUUCCUUAUAAUUAAAGGUUACUAUUAGCCAGUGUUGAAUAGACACAAACUGUUAUCGGGACUAUUGUUGAAAAUAAACAAGAACACAUUGCUGCUAUAACUGUGCCAAUAAAAUUCUUCCAAAAAAAGAAAA